AUGAAGCGCAUGUUCACUGGCCUGCAAAGGCGAGUCACAAGCUCUCCAUCGAGUGCACAGGACAGUCCUUCUCCUACUUCAUCAGGAAGUGAUUCCCCCGAGUCUAUAAUUUCUCGCGAAAUUUCAAAUGACUACCUCCAUCUCCCAGCCAUCGUCGAAGCCGCCGAAUCCAGCGCCAAUGCGGCCAAAGAAGCCGCCGGGCGAAUACGCAAAUACCUCUCGAGCCCGAGCAAAGCUCAAGGCAACGUACAAUACAACUCCAUCAUGCUGAUUCGCAUCUUAUCCGAGAACCCCGGUCAUACAUUUACGCGCAACUUUGAUACCAAGUUCGUCACUACGGUCAAGGAGCUGCUGAGGGAAGGUCGAGAUAUGUCUGCUCAGCAGAUGCUGCGUGAGACGUUGGAGAUGUUUGAGACUCAGAAAUCAUGGGAUGAGGAUUUGGCCGGCUUGAUUGCUAUGUGGAAGAAGGAGAAGGUAAAGAUUGGGAAAUAUACACGAUCACCACCACCACCCGGUCAAGCACCAUUCCAACAACCACCAUACCCUCACGCUGCCCCUCCCCGUCGAGGAGGCCAACUUCCCCCUCCAGAUGAGCUAGCAUCACGCAUAUCCGAAGCCAAGACGACCGCAAAUCUUCUGAUUCAACUAGCACAAAGCACUCCCGCGGCAGAGGUGCAAUCGCACGAACUGAUGCGCGAGUUCUCUCAGCGCUGCCAGGCCGCCUCCAGAUCAGUUCAGGCUUACAUGGCCGUCGACAAUCCGCCACCAGACGAGAAUACCAUGCUCACGUUGAUCGAGACGAAUGAGCAGCUCUCCGUGGCGUUAUCAAAGUAUCAGCGUACAGUUUUGAAUGCGAGAAAGGCAUUAGGAACUUCCACACCUGUUACCUCGCCAGGCUCAAAUGGUAACUCUAGCAAUGUUCACAGUCCGCCUCCUGGUCCUCCUCCUGGUCUUCCGUCUAUUAAUGGACAGACUAACGGAAAUCACGUCGAAUCCGGAAUACUCAUUCCCGAACUGGGAAGCCAAAGUUCGUCUCCUGCAAAUGCACAUGAGAGCCGAUCACUGCCACCACUUGCGUCUCUAAACGAGCCAUUUUCGCUAUCCAGAUUCGAUGACCCCAUUGAAGUGGCAGCCGACGUCCCGGCUACGAACACGAGAACAGUAUCUUCAAUAUCCAACCAACCUGCCGCCAAACGUUAUGAAUAUAACGCCGAUGAAUUCGCGGUCGAGAAUCCAUUCGCAGACAACGCCGCAGAAGAUGCUCAUGAUGCAGACCAUGACCGUCAUGAGCCUUCGCGGCGUGCUGUUUGA